CACCGGACAGACCACCGGAGGACUCUGCAGACAUGAUGAAGACUUUGCUCUGGAGCCUGCUGUGCUGCGCCGCGCUGCUGCUGCCUGAUGCCCGGGCCACACACCCUCUCAAUGCCGGGGACCCGCGGCUGAUCUCCGCACAGAGCUACGCACAAACACGACUCAAUGGCCGACCCCCGAUCAGGACCCUGAACCCAGAAAGCCACAGAAGUGCUUACACGUAUAGAGGAGGGUAUCACUACCACUACCAGCCACCAAGGAUCCCUCCACCGGUAGUGUAUAGACCUUUUCCUAUGUCUCCUCCACUGACCUACCACAGACCCUCACACCCCAUGCCCCCAUACCACCACAGAUUCACCGGCCCAGUGGCUCCACAUAUGCAUCACAUAUACAAAGGUCUAUCUCCACCAGUAGUUCACCACCCUCAUCACAGGCUCAAAGGCCAGUUCCCUCACACGUUGAAAGGUCCCUGCCUCAUAAAGACAGACCCAACAGUGCCACCAGCGCCUGUGGUUCCCCUUCCUCCAACUCAACCUCCACCUCCACCAGAGCCGACAAUACAGUCAACUCUGCCAGCAACGACAGUGACCACCAUGCUGCCGGUGGUGGUGACCACUGUGCCGCCGGUGGAGACCCCCGCUCCUGUGACGCUACCGGUCAGUACCCAAAGCGGCUUCAUCACCACCGUCAGUCCUGAGACAGAGACAGACUCUCAGUGCAUGAGCCGUCCCCUGGACCUGGUCUUUAUCAUUGACAGCUCUCGCAGCGUGCGUCCCGGUGAGUUUGAGAAGGUGAAGAUUUUCCUGGCUGACAUGGUCGACACCUUGGACGUUGGCGCAGAAGCCACCAGAGUGGCCGUGGUCAACUACGCCAGCACGGUCAAGAUCGAGUUCGUCCUCAAAAACUACUUCAACAAACCCGACAUGAAGAAAGCCAUCACCCGCAUCGAGCCCUUGGCGGCCGGCACCAUGACAGGCCUCGCCAUCAAGACCGCGAUGAACGAAGCCUUCACCGAGGAGUCCGGAGCCAGACCUCGCUCCAGGAAAAUCACAAAGGUGGCCAUCAUUGUGACAGACGGGAGGCCCCAGGACCAGGUGGAGGAGGUCUCGGCCGUAGCCAGGGCUUCAGGCAUCGAGAUCUACGCUGUCGGGGUGGACAGGGCCGACAUGCGCUCCCUGCAGCAGAUGGCCAGCAUCCCCCUGGAGGACCACGUCUUCUAUGUGGAGACAUACGGCGUCAUCGAGAAGCUCACCUCCAAGUUCAGAGAGACCCUGUGCGGUCUGGACCCCUGUUCCAUUGGAAAUGACUGCGAACACAUAUGUGUCAACAGCAAUGCCUCGUAUUACUGCCAGUGCCGGAUCGGUUAUAUCUUGAAUACGGACAAGAAAACAUGUUCCAUGAAACAGGUGAGGGCGGUGGUGGUGGAGGAUCCCUGCAAAUGUGAAGCCCGACUGAUGUUCGCCAAGCAGACCCAGGCCGCCCUGCAGCAGCUCACAGCCAAGCUGGCCGAUGUGUCUGGGAGGAUCGAGCGUCUGGAGAACAUGGUGGGCCACAUUUAAGAGCUGCGCACUGUGAAACAGCUCGCCGGUUUACUUCCUGGACACGGACAUGAGCUUCCUGUCAUCCAGCCUCCCAUAACUACUGUACGGACGUCAGACACAGAUGGAGUGAAGCUGUGAUUCAUAAACCAAUACCCCUCAAGCUACUGACUAUAGUGGACUGUUGAGCUAAAACAUAUGCAGUUUAAUGAGCAUUUAACUACAGUUAUUAUUCUAUUUCCCAUAUAUAUAUAUAUAUAUAUAUGUGAACAUGUAUAAUUAGUAUAAGUUAUCCUGUACUGUAUUAUGUAUGUGUCCUGUUUGUACAAAGUUGCAUAUUGUAUAUAGUAGUGUUUAUAUAAUUGAUUUAUUGGAUGAAUUUAGUGACAGAUUUCAAUGGAAAAAAUAUGACAUUUGACUACAUUAGAUAUUUUUGCAUAUAUUUGUUUGUUAUAGGCUCUCUGUUACAGUUUAACUAAAUCACUUGUCAUGGAUAACAAUUGUUAGUAGUCUGUGAAAGAUAUGAAAUGAAAAAUAAUGUUUGCUAAUAUUUAUAAAUGUAACCAGGCAGACCAAUUGGAUAAUAAAAAAGCCACAAAUGAGAAA